CUUAACCCAGUCCCAUAUCAUGCCGAAUAUAUGGGCCACAAACUACACCUUGAUCAAAAUGAGAAGCUUGUGAUGUUCGGUGUAACGCACGUUUUGGCAGUUGAUGGCUACAGCAGCAAAAUUAUUGCCAAUGCUACAAUGCCAGUGAAAAACAACCUCGUAAUUUAUGAAGAAGUUUACAGAUCUGCUGUAGUUAACUAUGGCAUGUGGGACCAGCUCAGGGUUGACCAUGGUAGGGAAUUUUACAUGUCCCUAUACAUGCAAGAGAAGCUGUCAAGACGCAGACAACCAUACCUCCAAACAGCUUCAACAAUGAAUCUUAGAGUUGAAAGGAUUUGGCCUGAAGUGAACAAUCGGGUGAACUACCCAUUGAAACAGGCCCUGGUGCACCUGCUAGACCAAGAAGUCAUCAACAUGGAGGACAGUAUGACUAAAUUCUGCACUUCAAACCUGGCAUGUCAGUUAAGCCAAAUUGGACUAAAUAGAGUAGUGCAGGCAUGGAAUGCUCAUAGGAUCCCAGGCCGUGGAAUACCCAAUGAACUUGCAGCAAGUGGAUGUCCAUCAAAAAUUUCAGAUGAGCUGCUGCCCAAUGCCUCUGUUGUGGCAAAUAUGUACGAGCAGGAGUUGGGAUCGUCGCUGACUUGGACGUCUACCUUUGGAACGGACCCCUUUUCCUCUGAGGAGGACAGAUGUCAUGCAGAGCAGGACUUUGUAGAAAAGUAUCCAGACAUCUCUCUACUUUUCAAUGAAGCAGUGAACGGUGAAUAUAGCCUUUUUCAGGAUGCAUUGCUUUACCUCAUAAAUGUAACCCAAAGAUAUGUAUGA